AUGGAAGAUGAAUACUAUCUUAGGGUGCUUCUUAACAUUGUCAGAGGUCCAAUGACUUUUGAUGAUAUCAAAACAUAUAAUGGUGUUGUUUACAAAUCUUAUAAAGAAGCAUGUUUUGCGCGUGGAAUUCUAGACGAUGAUCAGGUUUUUAUUGACGGUCUGAUAGAAGCUGCUCAGUAUAGUUUUGGGGAUUACUUGAGGAAUUUUUUUGCUAUGCUGCUUUUAUCGGAUUCUCUUGCUAGACCUGAACAUGUAUGGUUACAAACAUGGCACCUUUUGUCCGAGGAUAUAGAGACAAAAAAGACACAACAGUUCAACAAUCCAGAACUGACUCUAACAGAAGCUCAGAUUAGAAACUACACUCUUCAAGAAAUAGAAAUGAUUUUGUUGUUUAAUGGUGGGACUCUAAAAGACAUUGCACAUUUUCCUCAACCAUCACGCGAAUAUAUUGAUAAUUCCAACCGGUUAAUUGUUGAUGAGUUGAGAUAUAACCGUGAAUUUUUGGAAGAAAAGCAUGCUAAAUGGAUAAAGAUGCUAACGACUGAGCAGAGAAGGAAAACAUUUGUUUGGAAAAUACUAGCAGCUGCUAUUAGAUCAAGAGGACAGAUUGUCCUUAAUGUUGCCUCCAGUGGCAUCGCAUCUUUGUUGUUAGAAGGUGGUAGGACUGCUCAUUCAAGGUUUGCAAUCCCUUUGAAUCCGGAUGAAUUUUCAGUUUGCAAGAUCAAGCCUAAAUCAGAUCUAGCUAAUUUGAUAAAAGAAGCAUCGCUUAUUAUCUUGGAUGAAGCGCCAAUGAUGAGUAAGUUCUGUUUUGAAUCUUUAGACAAAAGCUUUUCUGAUAUUAUCAAGAACAAAGAGAACAAGGUAUUUGGUGGAAAGGUGGUUGUUUUUGGAGGUGAUUUCAGACAAGUUCUACCAGUGAUAAAUGGAGGAGGGAGGGCAGAAAUUGUUUUGUCAUCACUUAAUGCUUCCUACCUUUGGGAUCACUGCAAAGUCCUAAACUUGACUAAAAACAUGCGACUACUAUCAGACAACUUAAGUGUGGAUGAGGUUAAAGAUAUCCAAGAAUUUUCAGAUUGGUUAUUGGCUGUUGGUGAUGGUAGGAUUAAUGAGCCUAAUGACGGUGAGGCAGUAAUUGAUAUUCCAGAAGAAUUGUUGAUUACAAAAGCAGAAAAUCCAGUAGCAGCAAUUUGUAAGGAAAUUUAUGGGGAUCCAACAGAAAUGCACAAAAAAAAUAAUGCUACAUUUUUUCAGAAGAGAGCUAUUUUAGCACCGACCAAUGAUGAUGUCAACACAAUUAACCAGUAUAUGUUAGAGCAUUUGCAAGGGGAAGAAAGGAUCUACCUAAGUGCUGAUAGUAUAGAUCCUACAGAUUCAGAUUCACUGAACAAUCCGGUAAUCACUUCAGAUUGUUUAAACAGUAUAAAGAUGUCAGGUUUGCCACACCAUGUUUUGCGUUUAAAAAUUGGUGCGCCGGUUAUGUUGCUUAGGAAUAUUGAUCCCAAAGAUACCAAACUUCCAUUCAAGAUGCGUAGAAGACAGUUUCCACUAUCUGUUGCAUUUGCUAUGACCAUCAAUAAGAGUCAGGGGCAGUCUCUACAGAAAGUAGGACUUUACUUGCCUAAACCUGUGUUCUCUCAUGGCCAACUUUAUGUGGCAUUGUCUAGGGUUAAAUCCAAAAAAGGGUUGAGAAUACUAAUACUAAACAAAGAGGGAAAGAUUCAGAAGCAAACAACUAAUGUUGUUUUUAAGGAGGUGCCUCAUUCUCCAUAA